AUGGCAUCGAGGCCAAGUCCAAUGCGGAGCGGUCGGCUUUUUUUCAAUGGAGCGCUAGUUCCUAUCCGCUCGAUCGCUUCACGCACGUGGGCACGCUCGCGUCAGUCCUGUAUUCUGUUAUAAUUUUUAGCUUUUUAAUCUCAUUAUGAUUAUUGAAUCAAGCAGGUUGAACUCAUCGAGAAACUCACCUUGAACCUGCACAAAAAAACCCUUUUUUUCAACCGUUUUUUUGAGGCAAACAUUGCCUUGUUCAAAAAUUGACUCAUCUUUUUUUGCUUUUUUUAAUAACUUCUAAAAAUUUCAAUACUCAAUAGCUAUUUUUUUAGGCAUGGGUCAACGAGAACGACUCAAGAUUCAAUCUGAUUCUGUUUUGUGAAGCUUCUUGGUUUCAAACGCUAGGCCUUCAUUGUGAAACUUUCACACCCUUUUAUCUAGACAUUUUCUGACCUUUUAUUUUUUUAAAUUUCAGACGUUGGGUUCUGCAGUACUUUGACAGCAUGGGAAGGGCAAAGGCAAACUGUAGAAGGAGAAGAACGCGGUCUCCAGACUCCCGCGCCAAAAAUCAAUCGAAAAUCAGAAGCAGCUCUGGCUCGCCUGAUCGACCCAGAACAAGGUUAGUUUUUCCGUUUUGUGAAUUAGAUGAAUGAAAAAAUAAAAAUCAACUUUAAGAAUAUUUUUUUCCCACAGAUUAUUGAAAAUAUUGAAGAUUGGAAUGUUUCUUUCAACGGGCUAAAUCUCAAGAAAAAUCAUAGAAUUGGCUGGACAAUUACUAUCAAAUUCAGAUAACCGAUUUGAUUAACAAAAAUAAGAUUAGAUUAAUAUAAAUUUAUUUGAUCUACGAAUAAGUUUUUGCUUUCGGCAACUCGAAAGUUCAUUUUUUUGAAUCCAAUUUUUUUGUUAAUUUUCAACUCACAUUUCACAUUAUUAAAGUUAUAAUCCUGGGACAGUACAGAUUUUACAGCAGUCUAAAUUUACUCUUGAAUCGAUUGAGUUUUUGACAAGUAAAUAAUGCAAUAAUGAUCGAUUGACAGUUUCAAAUUUUUUCAGAAGAAAUCUUCUAAGUUUAACCAUAGAAACAUUCAGCAAUUAUGCAAUUUGGUUAUCCACGUUUCAUCGUAAAUUUUUUCAUUUUGAAUUUGAAUCUUUUGGUCCGUUGUUUAAUAAACCUUUGCACACGGCUAAAUUCAAUUUGAGUUCAAUCAAAUUGGUUCAAAUUAUCAACAACAGUGGCCAAGUCUCCAUCUCACCUUCACAUGAUUCAUCAAAUAAAAAAAUCAAAAAUUAUGACGACAGAAAGUUAAUAUAGUCUGUGUGCCCUUGAAAUUUCACCGAACGACAUUCCGCUGUUCCGCUGCGUGCGUUCGCGAAACGUCUUUCGAAUCUAGGUCACGGUUUCAGUUGAUUGUUAUUGCUGUGGGAGCAAAGGUAGAGUACCUUAAUAAAAGAAAAACAAAAUAGAAGCGCAACCAAGGUUCGCAAAGGCGCGCAGCGGCACAGCGAAAUGUCGUUUGAUGAAAUUCCAAGUCAUGGUACACAGGCUAUAUCAACAGCCUACGAUGAAUCUUCUUUUAAAAAAUUUUCAAAAUUUUCAUUGCAACUAUUCAGAAACUACUCAACGAAGAAGGCCGAGGAGACCCGAGACUAUACUUCCGAAAGACGGCGAAGUUCCCGAACAUUAAAGAAAAGAGCCCCAGCUUCACCUCCAGAACCAACAAGCAAGCGAAGAGGACGUCUCCCUGCCGCUAAAAGAACUACGAAAAAACAAAGACAGAAAACCGAAACUCCUUCGGUAGAACCUUCGCCAGAAAAGAAUGUAGAAGAGGAGGAGAAGCAGGAGGAGGAGGUGGAGGUGGAGGAGGAGGAGGGCGACCGUCUUUCGGAAGAGUUGUCAGAUGAAUCGCCAUCUCCGGAGAGUCCAGAUAGUCCGAAUCCAGAAUUGGUUGAUGUGGAAGUGCUCCCAACGUUCUGCGCUCCUUACCCCGUCCGCCGUCCUCAAACUCCUGUCGAUGAAGUUGAAGAAUGCGAGGAGCCAGAACCCGACGAGAUUGACGUUGGUCCCAGCGUUUCCGACGAACACACUUUCGCUUACCCAGCCAUCCCGAAAAUCGAACCUACCGAAAGUGCCCAGGUUAUCUUACAAUUAUUUCAUUCUCAAGCUUCAUCAUAUAUUCAGGCACGUGACCGGACGCUGACGCCUUUUAUCACAGCGGGGUAAGUGAAACAUUUCAGGAGAUGCUGGCUGACAAGGACUCUCUUUAGCUUGGAUUCAUUGUUUGAGAUUUUCUAGAAGUUUGUCUCGGAAAACUGAUGGAAAAUUUCUAAUGAACCUGCUCAAAGUUUUUAUUUUUAAAUUUAUUUUCCAAGUUUUCCGAUAUUGAAAAAAGCUUACAAUCGAAAUACUCUUUGAUUUUGUGAAUUCACAAACAGAAGAGUUUGAGCUAAAAGCUGAAUAAUUUCGAAAUAAAUAGACCUUCAGAGUGUUAGGGCACAUUCUUUUGAGAUUUCAUAAUUUCCUUGCCUUUCUUAGAAAAUUAAACAAAGUAAACUGUAAUCUUUUUAAGUUUUCGUGAAAUCAAAGGAAAACUUCAUAUGUAGUAAACUUCCUUUGUCCCCCGGAACACUGAGAAAACUUUCAUUUGGCAUUAAAAUAAUCAAGACAAAUUUAUUGAAACAAUCUCUUUUUCCGAAAAAAAUAGUGCUCUCCUUUUUUUAUAUUUGCAGUAUCUUUUAACAUGAAGUUUUUAUACCCACAUUUUGAAACAGUAAGUUGAAGAUUUUCGAUUUAUCAAAUUUGUGGGUUUUCCUAAAAAUUUACUCUCUCUGCGAAAGUUUUGUGAGAAAAUUCAAUCUGGAAUGAUCUUAAAAGUGUAAGAUCAAAAAUUCAACAUUUUUCAGUGGUAAACUCGCAGGAGCAAAAACCAGAUCAGUAUGGCAACACCAAAGUAAGCUUUUCCGACGUUUUUCUCUAUUAAACUUCAUUUCUUCAGCUCCAACCGAUUGGAGAAAUAUCAGGAGUCCCGCUAUAUGUUUGGUGCGUUUCAACAAUUUCUUGAGUUGUUGUGAACAAAAUAUUUUAUUUUUGCAAAAAAUCCGAGUUUUCAGGCGGAUGCAACCGAGGAGCAGACAGAAGCGUUUCGAUGA